AUGCACACAAGCGGCCGGUUCUCGACGAAGAGCUUUAGAGCCAGCGCGGUAUUUGGCAGCGACCUCGACAAUGAUGCCGUGUACAAAGGCAUGAGAGUGUCACAAGCCGUCGAGCAAUGCCUCAACUUCGACGCGCGCGAGCUAUCUAUCCUCGCAUACGGACAGACCAGCACUGGCAAGACAUACAAUAAAGUGGUUCAGCGGGUCUGGAAGGAAGCUGACCCGCCACUUGAUCCCGUGAAGGUGCUUGUUACUGGGGCUAGCGAAGUCCAGUACAGCGGCUUGACCAGACACGAGGCGCCGUCGCUUGAGGCACUGUGUCGUUCCAUUGGUAGGGCGAAGGAAUUGCGUUUGACGAGGAGUACGGUAAAGAACAGUACUAGUAGCAGGUCGCAUUCCAUCAUACGUCUCCAUAUCUGUUCUCGGGAGGAAACCAUGAGGAAGUCGCAGAUCACCAUUGUCGACCUCGCAGGGUCCGAGCGGUCAAGCAUCCUCGUCCAGAACGACAUGGCUACCAUGAAAGAGUCCAUCGAGAGACUGCGUCCGCGCCGUCCUGUCCGGGGACUCAGCAGGCUGACGAUGGCCCUAAAGAACAUCUUCGACCGGUCGCGCAAGUCGUCGGGGCAGGCCAACAAGCUGUUGAUCUUGGCCUGCGUCAGUCCCAGUCCGCUGGACGUUGAUGAUACGCUGGGCACGCUACGCUACGUCGCCGUAUUUCAGCUCGGCGACCUGGUUCAACAUGGCGAGCUGAAGGGCGUCACGCGGACGAUCCUGGACCCAUCACAGAGUGGGACCACGAGCAGACAACUAGGCCUGCAGGACUACAUCAAGCGCAACUGGUCCAAACUCACGCCCGUCCUCCACCGCCUCCUCCCAACCCCUUCCUCCACCAUGGCAGGCCUACUCCCCCUGUCAGCCACAGAGUUGUCGCAGCUUUGCGCUACCCCAACCUCAGACGAGACAAAGGGCAAGCACCCGGCACCCGACGCCCGCUCCGUGGCGCAAGCGAAGAGCCGGUGUACGACCUACAAGAUGAAGAUGGACGCACUUGUGCAGAGGGCACAGACGUUGCAAGGACAUCCGGGCGGAUUUCGCCCGUCGGCGAGCAAUGCGAGGGUCGCGUUUGACGCUCUGAGUGGAAGGGACUUCAUGGCUGGCGAGACCGGGUCUGUGACGAGAGUAGAUGCGAGGGGACAUGUUAUGCACAACCCGAGAUUGAAGUAG